UAUAUUCGAAUUGCACAAUCACUAUUUCCUAAACAAAACCAAAUCUCUCUCUCUCUCUCUCUAAGUUGUAUUUACUUACAUCAUUGCAGUCUUCUAAAAUGGGAAAGAAUGAGAGUUUGAAAAGAAAAGGCGGAGUAGUUCUAACUGCACCGUUACCGCUUGACGGCAACGAAUCCGACUCCGACUCCGACUACAGAACUCCCAACAUCAUCCAACGGAUUCUCAGCCUUCUUGCUGCCGUUAAGCCCGGCUCUGAUCUCACGCGCCUCCACCUUCCGCCGCAGUUCAAUAUUCCGAAAUCACAGCUGCAGGUGUAUGGAGAGUCGGUAUAUUGCGUGAGCUCCGACUUGUUGAGCAAGUGUAGCAAGGAAGAGACGCCACUCGGCAGAAUGGUGUGCGUCGUGGCAUGGUGCGUCUCCAUGUAUCGGCCGUUGCCCUUUGGCGUCGUGCCUUACAACCCGGUUCUCGGGGAGACGCACCACGUUUCCGUCGGAUCACUCAAUUUACUCGUGGAGCAGGUUUCACAUCAUCCACCGGUGUCUGCACUUCAUGCCAGUGAUGACAAGAACAACAUCGAAAUGAUAUGGUGUCAAUCUCCCAUACCAAAAUUUUGUGGCAGUUGCAUUGAGACAGAAGUGGUCGGAAAACGACAUCUAAAGCUGCUCGACAAACACGAAACAUACACCAUGAACUCUCCCAAACUCGUCAUAAGAUUUUUGCCUUUUUCGAGCGUUGAGUGGAUAGGAAAUGUAACAAUCCGAUGCCAAGAAACUGACCUCGAAGCACAACUUUGUUACAGAGGAAACUCGUUUUGGCCACGACCCUCGUUACAUAGGUCGAUUAAGGGAAAGAUCGUUAGAACAUCGACUUCACACAUCAUAUAUGAGAUCGAUGGCCAUUGGGACAGAAGCGUAAUGGGGAAGGAUGUUGCCACGGGGCAGCAAACAACUAUCUACAAUGCUAAAGAAGCACUAUCAGAGUUGAAAACUCCUGUUGUCGUGGAUCCAGAGGCGGUUUGUAGAAGUGAGUCGAGCUUAGUAUGGAGUGAAGUGAGCAGAGCCAUACUCGAGAAAAAGUGGGAUAAAGCGAGAGAAUGCAAGAGUGAGAUUGAGGAGAAACACAGAGAGAUAGCAAGAGAGAAACAACUCAAAGAGGAAGAGUGGCUUCCCAAGUAUUUUAGGGUGUUCCACAGCCAGGAAAGUGGAUGGGAUUGCAUACCAGAAAACAACAGUGUUGCCCCUGCUCCAAUUGUUGUUAAUCAUUAAUAUUUAAAAUUCAUGUUCUUGUUCUACAUCGAUUUAGUAAUGAUCUUUAUCUUUUCUAUAAUUUUUUUUGAAUAAUCUUCUCCCUUAGAUGUAUUUUAAAGGAUGUGUGUCUCAGUUCAAUGUGAUGAUAGAUCUCUUAAAGUGAUGAUGGAUAUUUUUA